CUCGUUAAACCCUCAAGCCACGCCCCGUGGGCCUCGAAGAAACAGUUCUGCCUGGAUGGUCUCGCCCUACCAAGCCUUCACCCCAGAGAGAGACGACAUCCAACUCGCUGGCAUUUCGCUUUCUGACAAAUUGGGAUUGGCACUUUUGACCUGAUCAUUACUUCCCAUUCUGUAUGCGGUCAGACACCCUGACUUUCUCCCUCUCAACUGUUGCCACUGUCUUGUGAAUCUUGUUCCCGUCGGUUCAACGUCCUUCGAUUGCCUGUUUCCCACUCCCCACGCCUGAACGACUCGUGGCGGAAUAUAAUCCACCGUACCUCUGUUUCUCCCUCCGCACGUUUGUGGACGGGUAUGCCCUCGCCCGCGGGGUCAGUACCAGUUGAUCACUGAACGAGAUCGCGCGUCUCCUCUUCAAAAUCCAGUGCGCAAGCUUGUUUUCGCAGCUAGGGAUGGCGUCUGGCAAUAUCGAAGACCCAGACAUGGGUGGUACAAAUGGAGAGAGCGAACAGUCGACAGGAGCAGCGAAUGAUAGCAUUCCUCGACCGAAGAGGAUUGCCUGCAUAUUGUGCCGCAAAAGAAAAUUAAAAUGUGAUUCGAACAAACCCAGCUGCGGGACGUGUUCGCGUCUAAAUCACCAUUGUGAAUACUCUGAAGAGCGGAAGAAGAGCGGUCCCAAGAGAGGAUAUGUCAAGCUUUUAGAGGCACGACUCAAGCAGGUUGAAAACUUGCUGGAGACAAGAGAUGCGACAAGCGAGCUCACUACCCGUACGGCUCAACCCACAGAGGCAGUGGAUUCAUUUGCGCCUAUGCCGGCUCUGGAUGUCCCCGAUGCUCUGGAUACUUCCAUGUCCGGAAUGAUGGCAGACAACAGGUUUACCGACCCAACUCUGACCGGCAUGCCGGAUUUCGGUAUGAAUUCCAACGACGAUUUCUCCUGGGAGAUGAUAGGCCUCGGUCUUGAAGAAGCAUUGCCAGCGAGGGAGGUGAUAGAUGAGAUGAAUGAGAUAUAUUUCGAGAAAAUCCAUCCUUCCUUGCCCAUGAUUCACAAAGGCCGGUUUCUGGCUUCAAUGGACCUCGCGCCUCAUAUGCGCCCAGCAGUGUGCCUAAGAUAUGCCAUGUGGACCCACGCAUGUGCCAUUACUUCCAAGUAUUCAGCUUACACCGAACACUUCUAUGCGAGGGCUCGAAAGUACGCCGAGAUGGACGAAAUGAGAGGACACGGUGAAGGAAUGAUCACGAUCGCCCAUUCGCAAUGCUGGACGUUGCUUGCCUGUUACGAGUUUCGAGUGAUGUACUUCCCAAGAGCGUGGAUGAGUAUCGGAAGAGCUGCAAGACUGGCUCAAAUGAUGGGUCUACACCGACAGGAUCGUGUUGGUCUUGACGUAAAACAAACAUUACCACCUCCUCGAGACUGGACAGAUCGCGAAGAACGGCGGCGGACAUUCUGGAUGGCAUACUGUCAGGACCGAUAUGCCAGCAUCGGGACUGGAUGGCCAAUGGUCAUUGACGAGAGAGACAUCCUGACAAAUCUACCCGCUAGCGAGGAAGCCUUUAACAAGUGUCAACCAGAGCCCACACUGCAAUUAUCCGACAUCUUGAACGGCGAUGGAGCAUCUUCCCUCUCUUCAUUCGGCGGGGUCAUCCUUUUGUCGACAAUAUUUGGGCGAAACCUUACCCAUCUCCAUCGACCGUCGGAACAAGAUAAUGAUCACGACCUAAAUGGCGCGUUCUGGAAACGUCAUCGAUCUCUGGACAAUAUCCUCCUCAACACAUCUUUGUCGCUACCCCCGCCUCUCCGCCUCCCAGCAGGUCUCAAUGAUCCGAACACUGUGUUUCUCAAUAUGAAUAUCCAUACAGCUACAAUAUGUCUGCACCAAGCAGCCAUAUUCAAAGCCGACAAAAACCGACUUCCGGCUCAGAUCAGUGCUGAAUCCAAACGUCGAUGUAUUGUUGCAGCGGACCAAAUCACCAACAUUAUGAAAAUGAUCAGCCAUAUGGACAUGUCGAUGAUGAAUCCUUUCCUGGCAUUCUGUCUCUAUGUGGCUUCACGAGUGUUCGUGCAAUAUCUCAAAUCGAGACGAGAAGAUGCUGCGGUCAAAUCCUCCCUGCAUUUCCUACUUGCUGCGAUGCAAGUCCUGAAAACCAAGAAUCCGCUCACAGAGUCAUUCUUGGUACAGCUAGAUGUUGACCUCGAAGGUAGCGGCUUGGAUAUUCCAACCAGUUAUUCACGAUGGAAAUUCGGGCACCGUCCACCAGGUGAAAGUCCUGCUAACACAGAUGCUUUGAAAUGUUCUCCACUCUUUGAAAUCAGAGAGACUCAAGGUCGGGAAACAAUCGGCGCCGUCCAAGGGACCAAUACCAAGGGCAUAAUUCCCCCCUGGCCCGCGGAUGGCAAUGCCCCUGCCGCCAGUAGCAGCUAUCCAAGUUUGUAUGCGGCGGAGGGGUUGGGCACCAGCGCACAGAUGGCCCAGACGAUCCCAUCUACAAGCGAUGGGUUGGAGAAUGGCUAUGGCUUUCCAAUCCAGUCUGUUGGAACAGACACUUCACCAGACACUUCGCAUCACGACGGAACUGGCUCACGGUCGCACUCUAAUCACCCAACGCCUUCGACCCUGUCGAAUCCAAACUCGUCACAUACAUCUUACACUUCGCCUCCGAACCAAUCCAGCAGCGGAAACACUGCGAGCAGUGGGCAGGGGCAACCGUCGCCGGGCUAUGCGUUUCCAGCUGGCGCCCAGACUUCCUGGAACAUGAAUAUAUCAACCCAGACUGGUCAGGAUAUCUCACCACAGCAAACUGGUAUGAACUUCGGCUCUACUGGGAUGACACCUGGUCCAACUGGCCUGACCCCUGGACCAGACUCCCUUUGGUCGACGGAAGGAAUACCUGAUGGGAAUGAAUGGAUGUUUGCUUGGGCUGGUUCGACUCCACAGCCAUAAUGACCUUGACUUUGUGAGUAUUGGAUGCCCAGCUCCAUUUUGAAAUCGACGAUUUAUGGUAGGAAAACUUGUGGUCGAUGAAAAUGUGAUACCCAGGAUUCAGUAGGCGAAAUCCCAACUCCUAUCUACUUGGUAUAGUUAAAUAGAUACAACAUCGUUGAAGCUCCCAGAGGCCUAACGUUGUCGGGGUGGGAGCUGCGGAAGGUUAGUACGUC